CAUAUAUAGCUGUCAUUUGUGUCUGUGAUUUCCUUGGUGUUGGUUCUAGUUGCAUUGUCUUUACGCAGCGCAUUCACUCCGUUGUGUUUCUGUUAAAUUCAAUAUAUAGAUGUGUGUUUCAGCCAAGACCUAAUGUCGUCUUUAAGAAAGCCGUUCACAGUAAGCGAGGGACCCUGCAGCGUGAGACCGGGAUGCUCACGCCCUACCGCGGCACUGGACCCCAGUCGGGUUCGGGGUUUGGUCCCGGCCGCCGCUGAUAGACUGGCUGGUUCUGGCGGUUCGGUACCUGGGUUGGACCCGAGGAGAAGAGUGUUGACUGCAGCGGCUGCCGGGCGAGGGAAGGUGACUCACCCGGGCAAAGCUAUAUUAGCAGGUGGACUGGCCGGUGGUAUUGAGAUCUGUAUCACCUUCCCCACGGAGUACGUGAAAACCCAGCUCCAGCUCGAUGAGAGAGCCAACCCACCGCGCUACCGAGGGAUCGGUGACUGUGUGAAGCUGACUGUGCGGGACCAUGGGGUCAGGGGGCUGUACCGGGGCCUGAGCUCUCUGCUGUACGGGUCCAUCCCUAAAUCAGCUGUCAGGUUCGGGAUGUUUGAGCUCCUCAGUAACCAGGCCCGGGAUGGCAGUGGGAAGCUGGAUAACACUCGCAGCCUGCUGUGUGGCCUGGGCGCCGGGGUGGCGGAGGCUGUGAUGGUGGUCUGCCCCAUGGAGACUGUCAAGGUGAAGUUCAUCCAUGACCAGUGCUCCUCCAACCCCAGAUACAGAGGGUUCUACCACGGCGUGCGGGAGAUCAUUCGAGACCAGGGGCUGCGUGGGACGUACCAGGGGCUGACAGCCACAGUGCUGAAACAAGGAUCCAACCAGGCCAUUCGCUUCUACGUGAUGACAUCUUUUCGCAACUGGUACAAAGGUGACGACCCCCACAGAGAGAUGAACCCCUUCGUGACGGCCGCGUUCGGAGCCACCGCGGGGGCAGCCAGCGUCUUCGGAAACACCCCCCUCGAUGUCAUCAAGACCAGGAUGCAGGGUUUGGAGGCUCACCGGUAUAAGAGCACCCUGGACUGUGCUUACCAGAUCCUGCGCAACGAGGGACCCCAGGCGUUUUACAAGGGGACUGUCCCGCGGCUGGGCAGGGUGUGCCUGGACGUGGCCAUCGUUUUCGUCAUCUAUGAGGAGGUGGUGAAACUGCUCAACAAAGUCUGGAUAACUGACUGAGAGAGUCAAAUCAGGAAACCUUUUCUGAGCCUUAAUAUCGUCUAACGGGACCACUGACGAAAAAAUACCAAUGACUGUGAAAAUAACUUACCUGCCAUGAGCAAGGACAGUGUAUGUUGCAUACGUGUGUCAUAUGUGGUGCCUUAUAUGAGUUCAAGUGGAAGUGGCCGCUACACUCUGCUUGUUACAGCACUCUUAGCUUUAUAGGCCACUUAUCAUCUGCCUGGGCCUGUGUCUAGCUUUGCUGCCUGCCAAUACGUUUUCUCUUAAUUGUUAAGCGUUGACUAACUGUUUUUUUUUGUAUUACUUUAAAAUGAGGCUCAGAGUUUACAAUAAAACUGAUGUGGUUAAGUGGUU